CACAAUAUUUGCUCAAUUUACUCCAAACGAAGAAGAAUACAGUUUGUCUGAUCGGCAACUACGAUAGUUGUACUUGUACGGUGUAUGGUUUGAUGUUGAACUUGACUGUAAUUUAUCUCUCCAUGGUUAGACUUUGAAUUUUGCACACGAAAUUAUAGAUUAUCAAACGAUGCUUUGAUAUUUUCUCCAAAAUUUUGGACACUUUCCUAUCUAAAAAUACAAAUACAGUUGUUAAACUAAGUAAUAAAACGAUUGUGUGUUUCUUUUUUCUAUAUGCAAUUUACCUGUCGUUCACUUCUAUAGACUUUUAACCGACAUCCUAAAAUUUUGUCAAAAAACCAGACCAGUUCUGCAUAGCUAAAGAAAACCGAGUAAUUAAUAUAUAAAAGUUUUUAGUCUUCAAAUUUAGUAAGAAAUAUAUGUAUAAAUUAUUGAAUCCCAAGUCCAGAACUAUUUCAAGCUUUUAAAUCCCAGGCUGGCCUUGAACAUGCUAAUUUUUCAAAACAUUUUUUCCUUUGUAGGAUAGUAGAGGAAGAGAUCACGCCAAAAACUCAUGCAUGUUUUACAAAACAAAAAAAAACAAUUGAUAAAAAAGUGAUAGAUUGAUCCAAAAAGAAAAGUGAAUAGUUUAAUCUUAUAAGUUUGAACUGUAAAAUGCCAGCCCAAUUCUAUUAUACUACAACAAAUAAAAACAAAAUAAGAUGUAUAUUAAUAUAAAUUAUUAAGAAAAUCACCUAUCACAGUGAAAACAACUGCAUAUUACUGGCUUAAUUGUCUCCCUCAUACACGUUCAUGUGCACGUUCUCUUCGUUUCUCUCGUUGCACCAUCUUCCAAAAUUGCACCUCCAUUUUUUUUCCAAAACCACAUCUCUCUCUCUCUCUCUCUCUCCUCGUCUCACAAGAAUAAUAAGCCGACGGGAGAGACAAAAGAAUAAACAAGAAUGGGGAAAGGAGGACGUGAGAGUAUAUCAAAGGAAGAAGGAGUCAUGGCUACAGACUUCUUCUGGUCUUACACUGAUGAGCCUCACGCUUCAAGAAGACGUCAGAUUCUCUCCCGCUAUCCUCAGAUUAAAGAACUCUUUGGUCCUGAUCCAUGGGCUUUUCUCAAGGUCACAUUAGUCGUUAUUCUCCAACUUACGGCAGCUGCAACCCUUCACGACUCAGGAUGGCUCAAGAUUCUAACCAUUGCUUACUUCUUUGGAUCAUUCCUCAACCACAAUCUCUUCUUAGCAAUCCAUGAGCUAAGCCACAACCUCGCCUUUUCAACUCCGGUCUACAACCGCUGCCUCGGUAUUAUUGCCAACCUUCCAAUUGGUGUACCAAUGUCAGUAACAUUCCAAAAAUACCAUCUCGAGCACCACCGGUUCCAAGGAGUAGACGGUGUUGAUAUGGAUGUCCCUACUUACACAGAAGCUCAUUUAGUAACCAAUGUUAUUACCAAAACCAUUUGGGUUUUGUUACAACUCUUCUUCUACGCUCUUAGACCAUUAUUCAUCAAACCAAAACCACCCGGUUAUUGGGAAUUAUUCAACUUUAUUAUUCAGAUCGGUUUAGAUGUAUCCGUGGUUCUCGUCUUCGGAUGGAGAUCUUUUGCCUAUCUAAUCUUAUCAACGUUUGUUGGAGGCGGAAUGCAUCCAAUGGCUGGACAUUUUAUCUCGGAACAUUACGUUUUUAACCCGGACCAAGAGACUUAUUCCUAUUAUGGUCCACUGAAUCUGCUAACAUGGAGUGUUGGAUACCAUAACGAGCACCAUGAUUUCCCGAGGAUACCGGGACAUAAGCUGCAUAAGGUGAAGGAGAUAGCAGGCGAGUAUUAUGAAGGAUUGGAGUCGUAUAAGUCAUGGUCACAAGUGAUAUAUAUGUAUAUUAUGGAUAAAACAAUUGGACCUUUUAGCAGAAUGAAGAGAAAACUCUCAACAGCAGCUACACGUAAUAAGUCUGAAUAGUUUACUUGUUCAUUACUCAACAUGUUUUUUUUUUACAUCAAGCUCUUUGAUUUUGUUCUGUUUUGAUUUUUUUUUCGUUGUUUUUUUUGUAAUGUAUUCAAGAAAUUUCAUGUGAUCUUGUGUUAGUUUAUCUCACAUUAAGACUUUAAAAUAUU